UGGCCUCCGUUCUGAAGAUGCCAUGAAUAGUGAGAAGUCUUUUGUCUGAAAGUAGCCCAGUAAAUUGAAGUGAGAAUGAGUACCAAAAUGCAUGGCAUGUGAAGAAGGGAGUAAGAGGGUUACACUGUCCUCAGAACAGAAUUAAGAAGCUGCAAAAAUGAGAGAAGCCCGUUUUCUGAAGACACAGAUCUUUGACAGUCUAAGGAAAAGUGGUUUCUGUCUUCCACGUUGUACAUCAGUGGGAUCUCUGUGCUGGAACAAGAUAAUGUCUUCAACUCAUUGAAGGAAAGGGGAUAUUUUUCAAGCUUAUGAUGAUUUGACACAAUUAAUGUCUUUAUAACCAUGAUGGCAACACAGACAUUAAGUAUAGACAACUAUCAAGAUGGACAACAGAUGCAAGUGGUAACAGAGUUAAAAACUGAACAAGAUCCCAGCUGCUCUGAGACUGAUGCCGAAGGGGUGAGUCCUGCCCCCGUAGAAUCUCAGACUCCAAUGGAUGCAGACAAGCAGGCCAUUUACAGGCACCCACUAUUUCCCUUAUUAGCACUAUUAUUUGAAAAAUGUGAACAAUCUACACAAGGCUCAGAAGGCACAACUUCUGCCAGUUUUGAUGUAGAUAUUGAAAACUUUGUAAGGAAGCAGGAGAAAGAAGGAAAACCGUUUUUUUGUGAAGAUUCAGAAACCGAUAAUUUGAUGGUUAAAGCAAUCCAAGUGCUGCGUAUCCAUCUGCUCGAGCUAGAAAAGGUUAAUGAACUCUGCAAGGAUUUCUGUAGUCGUUACAUUGCCUGCCUGAAGACAAAAAUGAACAGUGAAACUCUGUUAAGUGGAGAGCCUGGAAGUCCUUAUUCACCUGUGCAAUCUCAGCAAAUUCCAAGUGCCAUUGCAGGCACGCUCAGUCCCCAAGGGAUCGUGGUGCCAGCAUCAGCAUUGCAGCAGGGAAAUGUAACUAUGGCAACAGUAGCAGGGGGGACAGUGUAUCAGCCAGUCACUGUGGUCACUCCACAAGGACAAGUGGUGACACAGGCACUGUCGCCUGGGACUAUUCGGAUCCAGAACUCUCAGCUCCAGUUGCAAUUAAACCAAGAUCUAGGCAUCUUGCAUCAAGAUGAUGGCUCAUCAAAAAAUAAGAGAGGAGUUCUUCCCAAGCACGCUACAAAUGUGAUGAGAUCUUGGCUUUUUCAGCACAUAGGGCAUCCAUAUCCAACAGAGGAUGAGAAGAAGCAGAUUGCAGCACAAACAAAUCUGACACUACUCCAGGUUAACAAUUGGUUUAUCAAUGCUAGAAGGCGAAUUCUUCAGCCAAUGCUGGAUUCCAGUUGUUCUGAAACUCCGAAAACAAAGAAGAAAACACCCCAGAACCGACCGGUCCAGAGGUUCUGGCCUGACUCCAUUGCCUCAGGAGUUGCUCAGCAGCAAUCGAACGAGCUCACGAUGUCAGAUGGUGCUGUCGUGACCAUCACAGCUCCAGUCAACAUGAAUGUAGACAGUCUGCAGUCCUUGUCCUCGGAUGGUGCUACCCUGGCUGUGCAGCAGGUGAUGAUGGCGGGGCAGAGCGAGGAUGAGUCCGUGGACAGCGGCGAAGACGACGGAGGAGACCUCUCGACGGCAAACAUCAGCGGGCUGGUCUUGGAUAACAGCGAUUCCCUGCAGUAGGAAGCAGGAGAGCGUGGAGGAAAAACGCUUAGGAGAAAAAGAACGGACUGACUGACUGACUUUUUAUAGUUUGCACAGCAAACAUUUUACACAAGUUUUAUUUCUAAUAUGUUUUAUAUGUAGAUAUAGAAGGGUGCACUUUUUUGUAUUUCAUAGUAAGCUUAAAGAGUGUUUUUGCAGGUGCAGCAACUUCUUUCAAAUGUGUUUGUUUUUGGUUUUGUUGGUUUUUUUUUUUUUCCUGUUUGUUUCUUUCUUUUCCUUUCCUUAUUUCAGAAAAUUAUAUCUAAUAAUAUAAAGAACCACGUAAGCACCCCUUUGUUCUCUGAAUUGGAAGUGCUGCAGUUUCCGAUGAAUUAUGCAGUUUCAAUUAGUGCUGUUAUUUAACACAGCUUUUGAUGGGCAGGUGAUGUAAAUUUGAAGCAUGUGACACUAGUGUGUGAAACUUGAUUAUUGAGUUAGAUGCAUAUAUUUGAAAGAUGCUUCUGCACCUUAAAAACUGCUAGUCUGAGGUGGACAGCAACACACAUAAAAAAAAAACCAGUUGAUGUGUGAUUCAGUAGAGAAUGUAUGGCAAUUUAAAUAAGUUUAGUUUCUCUCAUAGUCCGUGAGCCUGUUUAUCAUUUGCUAUAAAAACUCCUAUUUUUACCUUGCUGGGGUUAUUGGAUAAAAAAGAAAAAAUAUUUUUAUAAAUUCACUAGAAAUUGGGAUGACAACUGUAUUAAGCAGGAGGGAGGAAAAAAAAAAAAAAAAAAAAAGAGAAUUUCCAGAGGGGAAAAAUAAAUGUUUAGUAUUCCUAUUUGGAAGGUCUGAAAAUUGACCCAAUUUAAUAAGCAAGCCUACAGUAGCGUUCUAUGAUU